AUGGGCGUUUUCUACGAGACCCUCCCACCCUCUCUGGUCCCAUGGCUCCUAGAUCAAAAAGUCUACUGGAUCGCCUCCGCGCCACUAUCAGGCGACGGCCACGUCAAUCUCUCGCCCAAGGGCACCUACGACAAAGGAGGGCCGUAUUUCGGGGUGAUUAAAGAGCCGCUGCCAAAUGGAACGAAAGCAGACAGAACCAAUGACCAAGCCAGUGCCACUGACAAGGCGGCAUCUGAAUCACCGUCGGACGAAGACAAAAACGUCGUGAUCCGCAAAUUCUGGUACAUGGAUCUCACGGGGUCUGGCAUCGAGACGACAAGUCAUCUGCAUGAGCCGGGAAAUGGUCGGAUCACCGUCAUGUUUAUGGCGUUUACAGGGCCGCCGAGGAUUUUGAGGAUUUUUGGAAAAGGAACCGUCCUCGAAUACGGCACCGCCGAAUUCAACGAAAUGAUCUCGUCUCAAAACAUCACCACCAUCCCCGGCACCCGAUCGAUAAUUAUGGUUGACAUCCACCAGGUCGGCACGUCAUGUGGGUUUUCGGUGCCGUAUUACGACUUUGUCAGUUUUCGAACGACGUUGCAUGACUUUUUUGAGAAGCGUGUGGCGAAUGAAAAGGCUGGGAAGAGAACACAGGGGAUUGAACAUUACUGGGCUCACAAAAACGCCUGGAGCAUGGACGGCCUGCCCGGUCUGCAACGGGGAGUCCGGACCGGCGAGGCAGAAAACGUCAAACCGAUCAAAAAAAUGGUCGGGCCGUAUGCGCCGGACAAAAAGCCGCGCAACACAGGCACAGUCCAUAAACGGGUGUUUGGGCUUGAACACUUGAUCCUCGUGGCGCUGUUGACUUUUUUGAGCACGGCGAUUGUUUUGUUUUUGUUGCUUGGUCGGAAAUUGGGGGUUGCUGGACUUAGGUUGCCGUUGAGCCUGAACAGCUUGAAUGGUUUCAAUUCGAGUCUUUCUGGAUCGGCGCUGUAA